GUGCCACGAAUCCAGGAGCUGCAGGCAGAGUGCCGGAAGCUGGAGCGAUACCAGGAGGAGGGCAUUGCAGAGGAGGCGGCGACGGCAGCGCAGGGCAAGGUGCCUGCCCACAUCCUCACGGGAUUCCUGGGCUCCGGCAAGACGACGCUGCUGAAUCACAUCCUCCAGGAGACCAGCGGCAGGCGCUUCGCCGUCAUCGAGAACGAGUUCGGGGAGAUCGGCAUCGAUGACAAGCUCAUCGCUCGCAGGGAGGACUUGGGUGCGGAACAGAUCAUCGAGAUGAACAACGGCUGCAUUUGCUGCACUGUCAGAGGGGACUUGAUCCAGGGCCUCCGCAGCAUCUUGAAGAAGACCUCCCUGGAGGGCACGAAGCUGGAUGGGGUGAUCAUCGAGACCACCGGCCUCGCGGACCCCGCUCCGGUGGCGCAGACCUUCUUCGCCGACGACCUGAUCCAGGCGAAGAUGACCCUGGACGGCAUCAUCACGGUGGUGGACGCGAAGCACUGCCUGCAGCAUCUGCGGGAGGAGAAGCCGGAGGGCGUGGAGAACGAGGCGGUGGAGCAGCUGGCCUUUGCGGACCGCAUCAUCGUGAACAAGACCGACCUGGUCUCCGAGUCGGAGAUUGAAGAGUUGACGAAGGAGGUGCGAAGCAUCAACCGCCUGGCGCCGAUGAUCUACACCCAGAAGUCGAAGGUGAAGGUGGAGGAGAUCAUCGGCAUCCGGGGCUUCUCGCUGGACCGAGUUCUCGACAGCGACGCGGAGUUUCUGAGGGACGACCAGGACCACCAGCACGACCAGACGGUGAGCUCGGUGGGCAUCGAGUGCCCUGGGGAGUGCGACAGGGAGAAGCUGAACGCUUGGAUCGCCAAGCUCCUCACGGAGCGCGGGACAGACAUCUUCCGCACCAAAGGUGUGCUGGCGGUGAAGGGAUGCGACGAGCGCUUUGUUUUUCAAGGCCUGAGGGGGGACGGGAAUCCAGAUGGUCUUGCCCAUAGCGACCCAACAACUCCAACAUGCGCGGGCAACAUGAAACUAGCUUGA